GGUGUAGACACUGCAAACAGUGGGGCCUCUACACCAGUGCCUCUCUUGGCUAGACCUUCAGUCACCCUGCCAUGAUCAUUAUUCUCAUAAAGGGGAUCUGAGAGUGUCAUUCCUGGAGGCGCCUACGAAAUCCGGGACUGAAUGGAGACUGAAACACGGGUUGGCUGCUCCCAACCUCUGCCCAGUCCCCUGGCCCUGCAUUCUCACGGGGACUUGAGGUCCUCGAAACUCCUCUUGCCUUCGUUGUUCCCUUUGCGGGAAAUACCAUUCUGUUUAAGCCCUGGGGCUGGCUCCAGUGCUGUGGGAUUUAGACCUCAUUCCUCUGUGUACCUGACUUUAGGUGCUUGGCAGGGACAUGUGUGUAGCCUGGGUGAAUGCCUGGAGGGAGACAGUUUUCUUCCCAGGCUCCUGCACACCGUGUCCCCUUCCUUUUUGCAGAUUGCGGUCCUGAAAGCUUCCGGCUCCAGUGGAUGCCCCUCCUCCCUUUUCUUACGGUUGCCUGAGCCUUUCUGCUUUGAAUCCCAUAAUGAAUGUACCUCACACUGUUGCUACUUCAUUCUAGAGUUGAGCCACGUGGCAUUAUCUGUGCCAUGUGUCUGCCCCACCUGUGAGUUUUGCCUGGCGAAGACUGUGUCUCAAACAUCCCUCCCCACCAUGUCACAUCAUAGCUUGGGAAUGUGGCGGAUUCUCGAUGCAACCACGAGGACAUCCGCUCCGCAGCAAGCAGGAGAGCAGAUGCAAUCCGCGCGCAAAUUCGGGGGAUACUUGCAUGCAAUAGAGCCAGGUGUGCAGAGGGCUGAGCGGGGCCUGCCCUCCCCUGCCAGGUGCGUCCCCUACCCCAAGCCACGGCACUCCAGCGGGGUGGCGUGAAGACACGAGAACUACACUCCGCCAGGCGAGCCCCUUCUUUUUAAAAACAUCCAGAGAGAGACAAGGUAGGAGAGUCACCAGUUUCUGUGCUGAAUUGAAGCAAGUCUUUGUUUUUCUGGAGGUGUUCGUUCUUAAAACGUGGAAAUAAAAUCAUCUUAACUGACAUGACACGAAGACACUCAGAAGGCAUACACGGGCAGGGCAGGGGUACGAAAUUAAUCAGGGCUCCGUGCCACAGCUCCUAAGACACUGACUACACGGACAACUUGCAAUCAGUGGCCCUGCUGCCUCCUCUUGCCAAUCCAGCUCUGUGGGGACAAUACUGUCUCCUUGGAAGGAGUUAGCUUGUUUGGGCCUAGAAAGGCCUUUGGGUUCUAGAGUUGACAAGGCUUUGCUUUAUCUCAGUGACAAAUACCUGUCAACGUCACUCCCACUUUUUCUGGAGAAUGUUUCAAUCUACAGACACAUUGUCAUAUUGUAUGUCUUUGAGUUUGCAUUGUGUUGUUACAUAUAGAUUUAGUUCAUUCAUUUAAAAUGGUG